CUGAAAUGGUUAGAUGUUCCUUCGGCUUGAGCCCACAGCCAUUAAGGAAAGGAAGAGAUAUGCCAACCCAGAGCCAGAAGCGCCAACUCGUAAAAUCAAAUUCUAUCAAGUCCAGCGGCACCCGUCAGAUUCAUUACCCCCAACUAACCAAUUGCCGGAGUGAUUUUGAAGAUUGAGCGGAUCAUUCCUUCCGAUUAUCCGAGAGAAUUCUUUUUGAAACCCCGGAACCAAUAAGUCGCUAGCCAUGACGGAUUCCACCGACGACUUUGAGCCGUUGUUCGAUUACCGCCGUGUCCAGCCUCAAAAUAUCGUCGACCUCGACGAUGAUGACGCAGCGCCAGUUUGUGCUGCCAAGAAACGAAGAAUAGUUGCCAAACCAGUGAUUGACAAUGCAGAAGACGGCGAUGUGGAGGUCAUAGAAAUCGUCAAGCAUAAUAGUAAUAAUGAUAAAGAGGAAGAGGAAGACUGGCUACCUCCCCCUCCAAAGGUUGCUGUUGAUCUGCAGAAGCAGUUUGGUGAAGAUUCAACAAUCAAACAACUGAGGUUAAAAAAACAGGAGCUGCAGCAGUCUUUUGCCAAAUCAGCUGACGAUGUGUUUUUAGCCCUAGAAGAGGCCAUAAGACAAAGGAUUCCUAAUGAUCCACUUGAGGCAUCUGCAAUGAAUGUCACAGACCACCCAUCACAGCUUCCCAGCCAAAUGGCUAAAAUAUCGAAGCCUGUCUGUGAUAGGCCUAAAAUUGUCAUUUCUAUUCAAGACCAGGAUGGAUUGAAGCAAUAUCGUCUGUUCAAGGACGACAAGUUUGAGCGGUUUUUCAAGAUGUAUGCUGAAAAAGCAAAAGUUGAUGUUCAAAACUUGGUCUUUUCCUUUGACGGUGACAAAAUCAAUCCUAAUGCAACACCUGAUGGCCUAGACAUGGAAGAUGGGGACAUCAUUGAAGUCCUUAGUAGGAAACGCUGACAUGAGGUACUCUUGCUGGAUUACUUUGUGUUGACUGGUAACUUUCUUAUUGUUUGAGUAAAAGAAAAACUGAUUUUUUCUUGCUGAAAUGCUCUUCCCUCGGUGGAGCUGUGAUUCCAGAGUUGAUGCAUAUAGGAUCAGCUGAUUAUAGGUGUCAGGAGGCAUUUGCUGGUAUUUGUGUCGUUUAGACUGUAAUCAGAGAUGAAACACGAUGAACUUCUGCAUAUGAAUCUAAUGGUGAUAGAUGACUUUGUUUCUACUUUAGAAUGUACUUGCCAGUUACCGUGGUUGCUCUCAAGAGAUGACAGUGCAGCUUUAUGCAAGUUCAUUCUCUGUUGUUUCUGAGCUGCUGCUGAUUCCUAUUGCCUUUGGACUUUUAAUAAAUCUUACCACUGCUUCAUGUUAUUGUGUUGUUGCUGCAGGACCGGUUGAAGCAAUCUCCAGUUGCUAAUCUCUUUUGGACCGUUGCCUUGUCCUUCCGAUGAAUGAUUCGAAGACACAUUGUCCUUGAAGCAAUCUCCAGUUGCUAAUCUCUUUUGGAUUUCUUCUACCUAUAUAUAUCAUGAAUGUCGAAGCAACAUUAAUCAAUUAGCACAUAAGUU